AUGACUUGUAAUGUACCAAGUCAAUGGACCAAUGCUGGGAAUCCCGAAUUCUCUGGCAGAGGACAUGGGACCAGUUACGUUCGGCACGAUCUCGCUGACGCUUCGACCAAACCAGUUUGUGGCUCUUCUGACCGACGAGGCCGCGGCGAAUCACGCGAGCAAGUGGUUUUUGCCAUCGUGCCUACAUCAAGGCGGUACCAGUUGACUUCAAAUGGACUCUUGCCUCAAAAGUCAUUUCGGGGGGACUCGAGCCCUGGACGCGAACCCUGGACUCGAGAAAAUAAAACAUUUUUAGCCAGGUCUGUGGGUCUUUUAUAA